AUGGCUACCAACACAUCAGACAAUAUUGAUCAGCUCUUUGUUCUUGGUCGCUUCAUCGCUUCUGAUAAUAUACCAGUACACUUCCUCUGCCUUGCUGAUCGGAACCAAGAUUUGAAACUGCGCGUACAAGGUGAUCUCAGGGCCUCAAACAUCCAUUUCCAUGACAUUUUAGUACCUUCUUCUCUGGCAGAAAUAGAAUAUGCUGGUGAUGCUUUUGCCAGAUAUUCUUUGCUCCGACAAAGUAUUAAUGACAUACUUGAUGAUGAUCAUGACAAAAUGAUCAGGCAAAUGCAGGAUGAGUUUCCGUUGUUGGAGAGUUCGGGGGCACAAUUUGCGAUAAUGUUACUUAGAAAGCUCAACUCGGGAGAAAUCAUGAACUCCUGCAGAGAACUAGAAGGUAAGUACUUAGAUUUACUUGCCAAUGCAAAAGACAAGCCAUGGUUGGCUGUUGGUCCACUUCAUAUGCUGCUAGAAUCGCACGACUCUAACAACAAGAAUCGUCAUGAGUGCCUAGAAUUUCUCGACAAGCAAGAUGUUAAUUCAGUAAUAUUCGUUUUCUUUUGGAACAACCGCUACAUUCUCACAAGAGCAAGUCAAUGA